ACAGUACAUACGCAUGAAAUAAUAAUGCCUUGUUUAGUUUUUAAACCCACACACUCCAUUAUAAAUAUAUGACUAUUUUCCUGUUUGGCUGGGGAAUUGUAAUGCAGGUCAUUUCAUACUUUUCGUAGAUUUUAUACACUGCUUUAUUGGUUUCAUGGCUCUAGGUAAAGAAGUGUUGUGUUCAGUAACAGAGGAGUCUGACGUGUGUGUGUGUGUGCGUGUGCGUGUGUGUGUGUGUGUGUGCUCGAGCUGUGAAUUCGGCAGCAGCAGAAUGUACCAUUUUACUCCAUUGUAAGGGGAAAGGAGUAAGGUAUUUAAGGGAGAUUUCCUGUGUCUCCUCUGUGUCCCCCUCGGUUCGAAGCACAUGGUUCUUUCCGCUUUCCAACCAAACGAGAGUAAACCGUGCUCUCUGUCAGCAGCUGGAUCUCUGUCUCUCUUAUUCUCUCUCUCUGCCUGUCAGCUUACCUCUGGUGGCGUGUAUCAGACACGCCCCCUCCUCUCUCUCUCUCUCUCUCUCUCUCUCUCUCUCCCUAUCUAUCUAUAUCUCCCUCUUUCUAUCCACACACAAACACACAGUCCAAACAUCAGAUGCAGAGUUCCGGGGAGUGGGGCUCUGAAUGUAGAUCAGGACCAGUUCAUAUGGGGUGGUGGUUGUAGCUGGAGGUAUAGAGGACUAGUGGCUACACCUCUCUCUUUCUCUCUUCUUUCCUUCCUCCUCCUCUGCUUUCCCUCAGAGUUGUGGGAGCAGACGGCUCGGCUCCAACGUCUUCCUGCUCUCCGUGGAAAGUCACCCGCUGGGAAUCAAUUUAUUUUAACCCUUCGCUGGCGCUACUGCUCUUUGGGACUCUGGGAGUCUUUGGGGGAAUUUUAAAGGAGGUUUGGGUUGAUUUUGUCUGGAAUCACUGUAGUAGGAGGUAGCAGGCAGCAAUGGCGCAUGCCGCUGCCCACAUUAAGAAGUCCAGAGUGGAGCUGGUGGAGCAGCAGGGUCCUGACCUGAAGGCUCUGGAGAAAGCCCGUCAGAGGAGGAUACGUUCCCGGGAACGGGCCGAGCGCAAACGCAAGUCGGACAGCAACACCAGCUUCCUGCGAGCGGCGAGGGCGGGGAACAUCGACAAGGUUCUGGAGUACCUGAAGGGUGGAGUGAACAUCAGCACCUGCAAUCAGAAUGGGCUCAACGCGUUGCACCUGGCAGCUAAGGAGGGCCAUGUGGAGCUGGUCCAGGAGCUGCUGGAGAGAGGCUCUGCUGUGGACUCGUCCACCAAGAAAGGGAACACAGCCCUCCACAUUGCCUCUCUGGCCGGACAGGCAGACGUAGUGAAGAUGCUGGUGAAGCAGGGAGCAGAAAUUAACUCUCAGUCUCAGAAUGGCUUCACUCCUCUGUACAUGGCUGCUCAGGAGAACCAUAUAGAUGUGGUACGUUACCUUCUGGAGAACGGAGGUAACCAGAGCACCGCCACAGAGGAUGGAUUCACCCCCCUGGCCAUCGCCCUCCAGCAGGGCCACAACCAGGUGGUGUCCGUCCUGCUGGAGAACGACACCAAGGGCAAGGUGCGGCUGCCCGCCCUGCACAUCGCCGCCCGCAAGGACGACACCAAGUCUGCAGCGCUGCUCCUCCAGAACGACCACAACGCCGACGUCCAGUCCAAGAUGAUGGUCAAUAGGACUACGGAGAAUGGAAAGAGUGGAUUCACGCCACUGCAUAUCGCUGCCCACUAUGGAAACGUGAACGUGUCCACAUUACUGCUGAACCGUGGGGCAGCUGUGGACUUCACAGCCAGGAAUGGGAUCACUCCCCUCCACGUGGCCUCCAAGCGUGGUAACACUAACAUGGUGCGCCUCCUACUGGACAGGGGGUCUCAGAUCGACGCUAAGACUAGGGACGGCCUCACACCUCUACACUGUGCAGCCAGGAGUGGACAUGACCCAGCAGUGGAGCUACUGCUGGAGAGAGGAGCACCUUUGCUGGCCAGGACCAAGAACGGUCUGUCUCCUCUCCACAUGUCGUCUCAGGGUGACCACGUUGAGUGUGUCAAGCACCUGCUGCAGCACAAGGCGCCUGUUGAUGAUGUCACCCUGGACUACCUGACUGCGCUGCAUGUCGCCGCCCACUGCGGUCACUACAGAGUCACCAAGCUGCUGCUGGACAAGAGGGCCAACCCCAAUGCUAGAGCACUGAAUGGUUUCACCCCGCUGCACAUCGCCUGCAAGAAGAACCGAGUGAAGGUGAUGGAGCUGCUGGUCAAGUAUGGAGCAUCUAUCCAGGCCAUCACAGAGUCUGGCCUGACUCCCGUUCACGUAGCAGCCUUCAUGGGUCACCUCAACAUCGUCCUGCUGCUGCUACAGAACGGAGCCUCGCCUGACGUUAGCAACAUUCGUGGGGAGACUGCUCUACACAUGGCAUCCAGGGCAGGACAGGUGGAGGUGGUGCGCUGUCUGCUGAGGAACGGAGCCAUGGUGGACGCUAGAGCCAGGGAGGACCAGACACCCCUCCACAUCGCGUCUCGUCUGGGGAAGACUGAGAUAGUCCAGUUGCUACUGCAGCAUAUGGCCCACCCUGACGCCUCCACUACUAACGGAUACACACCUCUCCACAUCUCAGCCAGGGAGGGACAGGUGGACGUGGCUUCAGUACUGCUGGAGGCGGGCGCCUCACACUCGCUGGCUACUAAGAAAGGAUUCACUCCCCUGCAUGUGGCAUCCAAGUACGGAAGCCUGGAUGUGGUCAAGCUUCUCCUGAAAAAAACAGCUCCCCCUGAUUCUGCUGGGAAGCCUGGUUUUAUCCAAUCUGCACUCACCUCGUCAUCCUUGCAGAACGGCCUCACACCUCUCCAUGUCGCUGCACAUUAUGAUAACCAGAAGGUGGCGCUCCUGCUUUUGGACAAAGGGGCCUCCCCCCACACCACGGCCAAGAAUGGCUACACCCCACUCCACAUUGCGGCGAAGAAGAACCAGAUGGACAUUGCGGUGGUGCUGCUGCAGUACGGGGCAGACACCAACAUCCUGACCAAGCAGGGGGUCACCCCUCUGCACCUGGCCUCACAGGAGGGGCACGCUGACAUGGCCGCCCUGCUCAUCGAGAAGGGGACUGAAGUCAACGUCUCCACCAAGAGUGGCCUCACCUCCCUCCAUCUUGCUGCCCAGGAGGACAAGGUGGUUGUCAGUGAGAUACUGGCUACACAUGGAGCCAACCUGGACCAGCAAACUAAGUUGGGCUACACUCCACUGAUUGUAGCAUGUCACUAUGGAAACGCCAAGAUGGUCAACUUCCUCUUACAGAACGGUGCUAGAGUCAACGCCAAAACGAAGAAUGGGUACACUCCCCUCCACCAAGCAGCACAGCAAGGAAACACACACAUCAUCAAUCUACUGCUGCAGAAUGGCGCUAAGCCCAACAACAUCACUGUGAAUGGUAACACAGCUCUGGCCAUCGCCCGGCGACUGGGCUACAUCUCUGUGGUGGACACACUCAAGGUGGUCACCGAGGAGAUUAUUACCUCGACAACCACGGUGACAGAGAAACACAAGAUGAACGUUCCUGAGACCAUGACUGAAGUCCUGGAUGUCUCUGAUGAGGAGGGUGAUGACACUAUGACAGGGGACGGAGGGGAGUAUCUGAGGGCAGAGGACCUGAGGGAGCUGGGGGAUGACUCCCUGCCUGGACAGUACCUGGAUGGGAUGAACUACCUGCGCUUUAGCCUGGAGGGGGGACGCUCUGACAGUCGAAUCCAAAGUUCGGACAGGUCCUACACUCCCAGUCACCACGGUUACUACUCUCCCAAACAGGACAGCCUGAUGGACGAGAUGUUAACCGGCCAAAACGUGUCGUCUCUUUCCAGGGAAAAUGAGAAGGACUCGUACCGUCUGAGCUGGGGCACAGAAAACCUGGACAAUGUGGCACUGUCUUCCAGCCCCGUCCACUCUGGACGUUCCUCUCCGUGCCAUGAUCAUGGUGACAGCAGCUUCCUGGUUAGCUUCAUGGUUGACGCCAGGGGCGGAGCCAUGCGAGGUUGCCGCCACAACGGCCUGCGCAUCAUCAUCCCACCGCGGAAGUGCAGCGCUCCCACGCGGGUGACCUGCCGGCUGGUAAAGAGGCACCGCCUGGCCACCAUGCCUCCCAUGGUGGAGGGAGAGGGCCUGGCCAGCAGGCUGAUCGAGGUGGGGCCUGUCGGUGCCCAGUUCCUCGGUAAACUACACCUUCCCACUGCCCCGCCCCCUCUUAACGAGGGCGAGAGCCUCGUUAGCCGCAUCCUGCAGCUCGGGCCACCCGGGACAAAAUUCCUCGGGCCUGUGCUGGUGGAGAUCCCUCACUUCGCUGCCCUGAGGGGGAAGGAGAGGGAGCUGGUGAUCUUACGCAGCGAGACAGGAGAGAGCUGGAAGGAGCACCACUGUGAACACACCGGGGAGGAACUUAACCAGAUCCUCAACGGCAUGGACGAGGAACUGGACCCUCCAGAGGAGCUGGAGAAGAAGCGUAUCUGCCGCAUCAUCACCAGGGACUUCCCCCAGUACUUUGCGGUGGUGUCCCGGGUCAAGCAGGACAGUAGCCUGAUCGGUCCAGAGGGGGGCGUCCUGAGCAGCACGGUGAUGCCUCAGGUCCAAGCUGUCUUCCCAGAGGGAGCCCUCACCAAGCGGAUCAGAGUGGGACUCCAGGCUCAGCCAAUGAAUGUGGACAUGGUGAGGAAGCUCCUGGGAAACAAGGCGACAUUCAGCCCCAUUGUGACCCUGGAGCCCCGGAGAAGGAAAUUCCAUAAACCCAUAACCAUGACCAUCCCUAUCCCCAAGAGUAACACUGACCCUGUGGUCAAUGGCUUCGGCGGGGACCAGCCCACCCUGCGCCUGCUUUGUAGUAUCACAGGUGGAACGACGCCAGCCCAAUGGGAGGACAUUACAGGAACCACUCCCCUAACAUUCAUCAACGACUGUGUCUCCUUCACGACCAACGUGUCGGCCAGGUUCUGGCUGAUAGACUGUCGGCAGGCGCAGGAGUCGGUCAGUUUCUCCACUUCAGUCUACAGGGAGACCAUCUGCGUUCCCUACAUGGCCAAGUUCGUUAUCUUCGCAAAGACCCAUGACCCCAUAGAGGCACGGCUCCGCUGCUUCUGCAUGACGGACGACAAGAUGGACAAAACCUUGGAACAGCAGGAGAACUUCACUGAGGUGGCCAGAAGCAGAGAUGUAGAGGUCCUAGAGGGCAAACCCAUUUAUGCAGACUGCUUCGGCAACCUGGUCCCUCUCACCAAGAGUGGCCAGCACCAUCUCUUCAGCUUCUUUGCUUUCAAAGAGAACAGGCUGGCACUCUUCAUCAAGAUCCGAGACAACACUCAGGAUCCGUGUGGCCGUCUGUCCUUUUUGAAAGAACCCCGGUCUUAUAGAAGUCUGGCCCACAAUGCAAUAUGCAACCUGAACAUCACACUACCAUCCUACUCAAAGGAAUCUGAUUCAGACCAAGAGGCUGAGGAAGAGAUCAGCAGGACGCUCGAGAAAUAUGACGAAGACAUUACGUCGACGACAGUCCAGAAAAGAGAUCCGGACCUUCUCUCCGAUGUGUCUGAGCUGAAACAAGACCUGAUCAAAAUGACUGCUAUCCUAACCACGGAUACCACUGACAAAUCCAGUUCUCUGGAAGGGAGCGGUCUGGAGAAAGGGGCUGAGGAGGUUCAGGGCGAGCCGUUUGAAAUCAUGGAGAAGGUCAAAGAGGAUUUGGAGAAAGUGGGCAAGAUACUCAGGAGUGGAACAUUGGAGGGUGAGGUAGCAGAGGGGGCAGCAAUAGCAGCCGGAAUGAAUGAAGAGUGGAUCUUCCUCUCAGACUGUGAGAUAGAGGAGGCCAAAAAGAUGUCUUCCUUAGAACCCCAGGAACCUAUUCUACAUGAAGUCCGAGUAAACAGAGGGAUUCCCAGACCUAAAGCCAUCAAAGACGUGUCUGGCAUGAACACACACCUGACUGGUGAACUCAAAGAAUAUCUCCUGGAUGUACCUGAGGGCUCCAAUGCAGCAGCUCAGGAGGAUGUGGUCCAAGAGAAAUUCACAGAGGUCGUCCUGCGCAAAGGCGUGAAAAGAACCACAACGACAAUAACAACAACAGCUACAAUCAAAACUCCUGCUGUUGAACUCAAAAAGCCAGUCAGGAGGAAAGGAAAAGACCAGGAACAGGCGGAGGAAUCUACCUAUGGGGAUGCUCUCCUAAGUGCACCCACAGACCGUAAACCAGUGUCACCUGUGUCCCCAGUAGUUGAGGAGACCCCCAUUGGGUCCAUAAAAGACAAAGUCAAAGCCCUUCAGCAGAAAGUGGAGGCAGAGCAGAAGGGUCAAAAGCCAACUAGCACCAAACCCUCAAAGGUUGCAGUGGAGAGCAAAAUCCCUCAAGGGACCGAAGAAACCACCCUUAAAUUGAAACAGAGCCCUGCAAAACAGGACACCGCUAAACAGGGCUACCCUAAGUCCCCCAAAACUGAGUCUGAGAAGCUGCAGGAGACUAUGUCAGUAAGGGAGCUCAUGCGAUCCUUCCAAAAGGGGCAGGACCCCUCAAAGAGAAAGUCUGGACUUUUCGAGCUCAAAACCCACACCUCUACAGUGCAUGAAACAACAGAAUCAGAAUUACAGCCCAAACAGUCCAAAUCCACUAUCAAAGCCACCACAAUCCGUUACGAACGGGAAGUAUCACUGGACGCCAUUCCUGGCGAGCACCACAGAGCCAAAGAUGAGCAAAUUAGCCCACACAGAAAGCACUCCAAAGACUUUGGUGCUGAAAUUAAAGCAGAGCUUGAGGACAAUCCAGAGUACCAACAGUUUAAGCAGACCUCUGUAGAGGGUAGUCCUGCUGCCCAGUCAGACCUAACUGAAACCGUAGAGUUUCUGAAUAUUUCCCUCUAUGAUAGCUCUGAUAGUUUGAAACAUGAGAGCGUGGCAGACUCUCCCAGUGCCAGCCUGGGUGAUGGUAGUCCUCCUCACCUUAGCUCAGAGGAUAGCCUCAAACACGAGGGCUUAGCCACCCCUGGAACAAGCCCUGACAGUCUCUCCCUCUCUCCAAAAAAUACUGACCAGUCCACUAAAAACUCAACAGCUGCUACUAUAGCUGUCAAAGGUGACAAUAAAACCAAGGACAAGUCUGGAGACUCCGGUGUGGGGACCACUGAUGACCAGCCAUCAACGGAAAUGACCCUUCCUGUCUCUCCCAGUGAGGCUGCAGACGACCGCACCACGAGUGAGUCCAUAUAUUUUCAGACGGGCGAGUCUAAGCCAUCUAAAACGAGAAAGCUUACAAAGAGAGUUUCAGAGACUUUAGAGAGCUUCCUUAGGGAUGAGGAGAGCCCUGUUGACAAGCUAGCAUCAGCUGUAGCUAUGACCCUUGCUUCUAGUUCCUCUACCCAGCAUCAAGGAAGCUUAGAAUUGCCUUUAAAAGACCCAGAUACCCUCAGUCCCUUAGCCGACGAAUCUUUGACCAUAAGCCACAGAGACUCUCUAGACGAGGAUAGUCCCCUCAUGGAAGACGACUCCUCCCAUAGGACCCCAGACUCCAUCGAGCCCAGCCCAACAAAGGAAUCCCCCUGUUGUGACUCCUUAGAAAGCAGCCCUGUAGAGCAGAAAACGUUCCCUCCCAUUCUAGAUCAGCCCAGUGGGUCCUCUAGACACCCAGAACCCACCAAAGCCUCAGACUUCCCCCCAGACGUGUUGCGUAGUAGGCUACGCAGGGACCAGGAGGCUAGUGCCAACGAUGAUGACAGUAUCGAGCAGACUUCGUCCCAGAUGGAAAGUUCUGGUAAGAGUCCCCUCUCCCCCGAAACCCCUAGUUCUGAAGAGGUAAGUUAUGAGGUAAACUCCAAAACCCAUGACCACAUGUACCUAUCUGUGGUGUCCAUACCAGCUUUCAUCCCCGAAUACUCAAAGGAAGAGGAUGAUGAGGCAGAAGCACAGAGGAAAUUCAUCCCAGAGGAUGAGAUGUUUAAAAUGUCAGCCCCAAAAAAAACAUUUGAGGAAUUGGACCAGUACACCAGAGCCAAAAAGAACUCUAGAAAAUAUAUCAUUGCCUUGGCAGGUGAUGAAGCAGGGGAUGAUAGCUUCAAAACAGUUGAACUAGAGUCCGCAAAUGAGAGUGGGCUCAAUAGGGCCAAGGAGACCUCAGAGUUAGCUCUUUCUUUUGAAUCCCUUAUUAAAGUACAACCUCCCUCUCCUUUUCCAGCAGGUGUGCAUGAAGGAAUCCACCACACAGAAGCCAAGAGCACAGCUACAAUGGUAGCAGUGGAGGGACCUCAAUCUGUCUCAGAGCAGCAUGUCCCACAAUCAGUUCAGUCACGCAAAGACAUGGAUGACACGGAAGACAGUUUAGCUAAAACGGUUACCGUGUCUUCUAGCUCUGAGGGGGCUGCAAACAUAACCGAUGAGCAGAAGGAGGAAAGUUUGAGGAAAUCAAGGGAAAGCCAGGAGGAUGAUGGGGGAGGGAAAGAAGCAGAUGCAGGCAGUCUGCAGACAGCUGCUGUAAAAGCUCCCUGUCAAAUAGAGAGUAAUAUAACUGACGAAGUGAAAGGAGAUCACAGGAGGCACUCAGGAGCUCCUGAGGUAGAAACGUCCUCCACUGCUGUCAUUGGACAAUUGAGGGAAACAUUCAAACCCGAGAUCUGCAUCUAUGAUGACACAGAGGAAGACGAUGAGGAAGAGGAACCUCCCAGAACCGAGUCAAAGGGCGUAACCGCCAGAGCAGAGGCAGACCCUUGGAGUGCCAUGCGCGAAGACGAUGAUGCUUUUGCGGCCCGCGUCAAAGAGGAAGAACAGAAGAUCUUGGGUCUGAUUGUAGACCGGCAGUCCCAGGGGGCAACCCCAGACACCACCCCAGGAAGGAGCCCCACGGAGGAAAGCACGCCAACCAGCGAGCCCAAUCCAUUCCUCUUCCAAGAGGGGAAGCUCUUUGAGAUGACUCGGAGCGGAGCUAUUGACAUGACCAAACGGAGCUAUGAGGACGAGGGCUUUGCCUUCUUCCAGAUAGGCGAGCAGCCUCUAGAGGAGGCGCUAGCUGAAGAGGUCAAAGAUGAGCCAGGAGAUAGAGGAGUCCAAACAGAAAGUGAAAUCGGACUCAACCUGACUCUGCAAAUAAAAGUGGAGGAAGACGAGGAACAGGCGAAAGAUGCUUCAGAUCCCACACACCGUGCCUCGACAGAGGACGAUCAGAAAGGUAGUGAAGCUGCAGCAGCCUCCCCCUCAAAAUCAGAUGCUUCUAAGUCUAGAAUCCCUAGAAUGGGUCUUUCUGCCUCAGCUAAGACCACUAAGAAAGACAAAGACCCAGUAUCACCAGUGUCUCCUGAAACUGUAGAGGUGAAACCAGACAUAAUUGUAGAGGAGACCCCCCUAGAGGUAGAAACUAGUUCCCUCGAUCCAAUGAUAACAGAUGUUGAGACAGCAGUAACCACUGUCACUCGAUCAGUGUACCCAGAACAGGACCAAGAGUCCUCUGACUCCUCUCCAGAGGAGCAGCAUUCAGUCAUAGAACUCCCACAAACCACAGAAAAGACCAAAACCCCAACUUCUACUGAAAAAGUUCCAAAGAUCCCAACUAAAACCCCAGCCAAGGCUGGCCCCCAAAGUCAGAUUAGAACUGCUUCCUCCUUUACAUCCCCUGCAUCCCCCUCUUCAGCUAGUCCUAAAAAAGAGACUCCCGCUUUAGAGUCCAAAUCGAGAAUACCUGUCAAGGGCAAGGCUAGCCCUGUCAAGCCUGAGCCAUCAGUUAAACGUACUGAGUCAUCCCAGGACGCAAAGCUCAAGGUCCCAGUAAAAAAGGACUUGAGGAGAAAGUCUGAGACAGAUACAGGUCCCUCUGCUGUACCCAAAACCAAGACGUCGUCUUCCAAAGCCAAGAGCUUCUGUGAGGCAGACAAGUCAUCAUCUAAAAAGGACCUGGGUCGUCCCAUGAGCGAUGACUACUCCACCAAGCCAAAGUCGGGCUUUGGUUUCCAAUCUAAGCUGCCAGUUAGAGGCAAGCUUGGUCAGACAUCUCACACUUCCACCCCCGCCAAAGAUAAAAGCGAGCCGCGCAAGAAGUCUAUAGAGUUUGUCAAUAAGAUUAGCGACAAAGUUACAAAGCUAGUUGAGAGAUUUCCUCAGGACGAGAAAAACAAAGAGCAGGAGGCUGCUGUCUCGAAUGAUGAGAGCAGCGGCAUAGACCCUUCUGUCAUAGAGAGUGAGACUUUUCCCGAAAUACAGUUCCCUGCUUCCGGAGAUGUCUAUCCCAUUAGACCCCUGUGGGAUGACCCUGUUGACACGCAGAUGCAACGGAUUCCCGACGAUACAAUCAGAAGUCAAGUAGAUUCCCAGGAUGAAGCCGAGAGGAAGGAGGAACGGUUGGAAAUAAUAGCCGACCACCUGGGCUUCAGUUGGACGGAGCUGGCUCGAGAACUGGAGUUCAGUGAGGAGAAAGUCAAUCUAAUAAGGCUUGAGAACCCCAAUUCACUACAGGACCAAAGCCACGCCCUGCUGAAGCUCUGGACUGACAGGGAGGGUAAAAAUAUCACAGAAACAUCACUGAUCAAAAGACUAACCAAAAUCAACAGAAUGGACAUUGUCCACCUCAUCGAAACCAAGAUGGUCAAGUCCACCCAGGAGGACACAUCACACACCUAUGCAGAGAUUGAGAGGACCAUUGCACUGGAUCACAGUGAAGGUUUCUCUGCCCUCCAAGAGGACAUAGACAGUCCGCGGCCAGGCAGGCGUACAGACAGCACCCCCAGUGGGCCAGGGUCCAGGCAGGGGCCCCUCGUGGUGUCAGAGGAGGACCUCUCCUCCAGCAUUUCGUCACAUCACGAGACUUCAGGGCGGGUGGAGACAGACGAAUCAGUAACAGGCCUCCUGAGACACGUCCAGAAGGAGAAGCUGCAGAAAGAGAUGGAUUCGACACAUUCUGUGGGCGGUACAUCAGAUACUGGACCGGAGAAGGCCGAGUCACUACAUAUGGGCACUUUCAAACAAGCGGAUGACCUGCCAGACAUCCCUCCCCAGACAGUUACAGAAGAACAGUACAUGGAUGAGCAAGGAAACAUGGUAGUCAAGAAGAUCACACGGAAGGUGAUCCGUAAGUACUUCUCUCCAGACGGUGUGGAGAGAGAGGAGGUGACGGUGCAGGGAUCUCAGCAGGAGAUGGUCAGCGUGGAGGAGGGAGACGGCUUCUCCAAGGUGGUGAAGAGGACAGUGGUCCGGAGUGAGGGAGAUCAGACUGAGUUGACCUUCUCGGAGCCCCUUGCCCUGGGGGCCACCACGGCCUCAGAGAUCGAGUCAGAGCAGGCGCAGGGUCGAAAGGUCAGCAAGGUGGUCAAGACGACGGUGGUGAGGGGCGAGAGGAUGGAGAAGCAGACAGGUGACCCCUCGCUGGCCGCAGACCUCCCCUCGGCCAAACAGGACUUUGAGAAGGCAUUAGGUUUUGCUGGAGGCUUUGGGAAAAUUCAACUUCCCCAUUUAGUAGAAAAAGAGGUUGUGAAGGAGGACGGUUCUGUUGUCAAAAGAACCCAGAUGCGUAAGUCUCGUACCCAAAAGAGGACUGUGGUGAUGGAUGCCCAGGGUAAGCAUGUGCACCUGGAGCGGCUGGACGACACCCCAGAGACCCUGCAACCCGAUGCCCUUCAGCAACACCUGCACUUGCUGCUCCAACGCUAUUGCGCCAAGGAGGAGGAGGGAGGAGAGAAGGAGAAAGAGGAGGAGAGGAGAAAGAAGAAGUGAUGGGCUUUUUUGAUUUGCUGGCUGAGUUGUGUGUCUUCCCUUUUGGCCUCGUCCCCCAUGCUACAUAAGCCUCCUAUCCACAAAAAAACCCAUGAAGUCUUGUAAGCUAUUCUCUACCACAACUCUGACCCCUCGAUGACCCCUAACGACCCUUAACCUUUACCAGCCAGACUUCCCCUGCUAAAGACACUGGAUUACGUUUUGGUUUCAAUUUUUGUUUUUCCCUUUUGUGGCAAAUAAUGAAACAGUUUAUUAUUUAAUUUUUUUGCUUUUGACUUGUUUCCAGUUUUUUUUUUUGCUCAUUUUGUGACCAAAGAUGGCACCCCCUUUCUCGUCGGGUGACUUAGAAUAUAUUUUUUUGUCUGUUAUCCUUUUGUUUGGUUCUUGUAGUUUUUGGCUGCUGUGGUACAAUAAAAAAGAGCAACACAAAAAAAAUGCACCGAAUGAAAACAGCUACAGGAAAUGUCUGAAGAGGGUGCACCUCGCACGUUGGCCUCAUGCAGAGGCCUCUUUCUGAAGGAACGAUUGUAAACAUUUGUAAAUAGAGAAGACAAAACAAACAGCAAUUCAAAAGCAUUUGUUACAUUUGUCCCACGGUACCUGCUGUACACGUACGUGUACCAAUCUGUUCUGUGGUCAAGGGUGAAGGGUCUUGACCCUUUUCAUCCGACUAUCAAGAGAUUGUUACAUAGGAGUCCGUUGUCAUAAACAGUUUUGGAGAGAUACUGUUUUAAAGGAGUGAAUGCCAUAGUCUUUCAUCAAGGACUUUUGAAUCAGAUAAGCGCAAAUACGCUUUGAUCUGAACCCCCAUUUUACUAAAGCAAAUCAUCCCCAAAUAACCCUCCACUACAGUUCAGUUUACAAAGUUGGCUCAAGGUGGUUACGUGUGUAAUGAUGUGGUGUUGUUUGUUUUACAUGAGCUUUGUGAACACACGUUCUGCCCCAGCCCCAGGUACUGCCCCAGGUACUGUCCCCAUCUCCCUGUUUUUCUCUGUCUGUUUCUGUUUUAUGGGUGUUGUGUAGUCAAACUUCCUUCUGAGCAGUGCUUCAGACUGCUGCCACCUAUGUGGGUGUGUGUGUGCGUGUGCGUGUGCACGUAUGUACGUGAGUGUGUUUGUGUGUUAUUUCAUAGUAUCCUCACUGACAUUGCGACCUGCCGUUUUCGAAAGAAAUUAUCCAGAAUGUUCUCUUUUCUUGUCCUUCAUGUACGCUCUUUUAUCUUCCAUUACUACACCUACAGGUCAUAACACCAGGUACGUAGCCCCUCCUUCCCUCCCAUUACUACACCUACAGGUCAUAACACUAGGUACGUAGCCCCUCCUUCCCUCCCAUUACUACACCUACAGGUCAUAACACUAGGUACGUCGCCCCUCCUUCCCUCCCAUUACUACACCUACAGGUCAUAACACUAGGUACGUCGCCCCUCCUUCCCUCCCAUUACUACACCUACAGGUCAUAACACCAGGUACGUCGCCCCUCCUUCCCUCCCAUUACUACACCUACAGGUCAUAACACUAGGUACGUAGCCCCUCCUUCCCUCCCAUUACUACACCUACAGGUCAUAACACUAGGUACGUCGCCCCUCCUUCCCUCCCAUUACUACACCUACAGGUCAUAACACUAGGUACGUCGCCCCUCCUUCCCUCCCAUUACUACACCUACAGGUCAUAACACCAGGUACGUAGCCCCUCCUUCCCUCCCAUUACUACACCUACAGGUCAUAACACUAGGUACGUCGCCCCUCCUUCCCUACCAUUACUACACCUACAGGUCAUAACACCAGGUACGUCGCCCCUCCUUCCCUCCCAUUACUACACCUACAGGUCAUAACACUAGGUACGUCGCCCCUCCUUCCCUCCCAUUACUACACCUACAGGUCAUAACACUAGGUACGUCGCCCCUCCUUCCCUCCCAUUACUACACCUACAGGUCAUAACACUAGGUACGUCGCCCCUCCUUCCCUCCCAUUACUACACCUACAGGUCAUAACACCAGGUACGUAGCCCCUCCUUCCCUCCCAUUACUACACCUACAGGUCAUAACACUAGGUACGUCGCCCCUCCUUCCCUCCCAUUACUACACCUACAGGUCAUAACACUAGGUACGUCGCCCCUCCUUCCCUCCCAUUACUACACCUACAGGUCAUAACACUAGGUACGUCGCCCCUCCUUCCCUACCAUUACUACACCUACAGGUCAUAACACCAGGUACGUAGCCCCUCCUUCCCUCCCAUUACUACACCUACAGGUCAUAACACUAGGUACGUCGCCCCUCCUUCCCUCCCAUUACUACACCUACAGGUCAUAACACUAGGUACGUCGCCCCUCCUUCCCUCCCAUUACUACACCUACAGGUCAUAACACUAGGUACGUCGCCCCUCCUUCCCUCCCAUUACUACACCUACAGGUCAUAACACUAGGUACGUCGCCCCUCCUUCCCUACCAUGAGUCACUUGUGCGUGCCAUCUCACCCAUCUAUCAAUGACUUUGAUUAAAGGUAGACUCAGCCAUAUGACGAGGAUGCAGAAAGUAAACAUAGUGGGUCAAUUUCCACAACAACUAAGAGCGUUGAAGCGUGAGGCUCAACUUCUCUGCUGUUUUGGUCCUGCGGCUUCCACUCUGUGAACAGCCUGAAGCAAACCUGUGCACCUACUGGGUGUGACUAUGUGAGAGCAAAGUCUUUCAUCUCACUAUCUGCGGUGCUGCUCGUGGCAACAUCAUUUCAUUGAGUCUUUCUUUAAGCCUGUUAAGAUUUGUACAAGCAAGUAUAGGACAGAGAGAGACCAGUGUGCUGUAGUUGUUCUGUUUAAUUUGCUGUUGUUGAUUAGAUUUUUUUCUGUUGGUUUUAUGGUAACCAAUAAAUGGUGAUAAGAUCGGCACAUCAUCUUGAGUUUCUGACAGAUUAUUUUCGGUCUGCUUCGUGUUUGCGUGUGUUGGUAGCGUGGAGAUGGAAGAUCCUUUAUCAUUGGCCCUUUGACAUGCAUUAUUUCUUGCUCAAUGGUAUGUUUCCACAAUCUUGUUCUGAGGGCAGAUUGGUUGGAAGGCCAAGGGAAUGGAGCUUGAGCUAUAUGAUUGGUUAACCAGUGUGUCAUAGGAAACACUGUACACCUGGCAACCAUGUCAGCAUGCACUGCAUCUGGCCCACCACACGAGUCACUAGUGCACAAAGACAUCCCUGCCAGCCAAACCCUCUUCUUACCCAGACUAUGCUGGGCCAAUUGUGUGCCACCACAUGGGUCUCCCAGUCGUGGUGAGCUGUGACAGAGCCUGGACUCGAACCCAGAAUCUCUAGCGACACAGCUAGCACUGCCUUAGACCACUGUGCCACUCAGGAGUCCACAUUACCUUAGAAAGUAAACUGUUCGUCAUUUCGUUUGACUGGUUAGAUUCAAAAGACCAAAACGUCCAGCUGAUGGUGUGUGCCUGAGUGGCAGAGGGUGUAAGACAUAGGUUGCAAUACCAGAAGGCGCCUAGUUCAAAUCCCAGUCAUCUUUUGUUUCCCCCUCAUUCCUUGCCUAAAUGUUCUGCCCUCAGAACAAGCUCUACUGUUAAUUACCAUCCAAGCAAUAUCAUUGUGAUUUUGGCCCCCACAGACUUGCAAGGCCUAUUCAUUUCAACUGGUAUACAUGGGGGUGGAGUAAACACGGAGCUGUCUUCUGUUUCAUUUUGUUUCUACGUAUUUAUUGAUGUCCAGCCAUGCUCCUCUCCUCCUCCAGUGUGCGGAGACAUGAGUGUGUUUUGUGUGAGUGCAAGUUGAAGAUGGGAAAGGGAAUUUCAAUUAAAACUCGUCAACCGAUAAGUUGCCAUUGUACGCAAGGCUUCACAUGAAUUCUGAAACGCUCUAGAAACCAUGACCGAAACAAAUGCAGAAACCAGAACUGACAUGGAUGUACUGUAAUCUUGGGCUGGCUGGCUAAAAGCAUCGUUGGGUGUUAUCUGUGGUACAGACUUUAUCUAUGUAAUCUAUCUAAUAUUACGGUUCAUCACUUUGCCAAUUUACUUUGUGUGAUCAAAAUCAAAGAAACCCAAAAAAAUGUCAAAAACUUGCAUUUGAUUUGAUGAAUCCGCAUCUUGUUUCCAUGGUGAUAACAAUAUUACACGUAUAUAAAUAUCUAUGAGGGCAUGUAUUAGUUAAUAAUAAAGGAGGGGAAAGUCUGAAUGGCUAACAUGGCAUAGCAGCUGCAGUGUAUGUGGCAGAAUAUUAAAUUGUACAUGUGUCAAA